AUGUUUGUGGCCAAGCCGCUAGUUUUGUCUGUGAUAUCGUUUGUGCUCAUCGUGCUGGUGCCGUCCCAGUACUUCAAGGCCGCCCCGAAGCCCGUCGAUCUGCUGGCUUCCACAGAGCACAAGCUGCUACUGCACCACCCAUUUUCUGAUGGGGCCGCGGAGCGGACCAUCUGGCAGUUUUGGGAACGUGGCGAGCUUGUUCCUGAAAACCUGAAGCCAUUUGUCAAUCGCUGGCGAGACGUCAACGGCCCGGACUAUGCGCACCGAUUUCUUGGUACGCUUGCCGUAAGAAAAAGGGUUGAAGUAUGUUUCGAAAAUGAACCGGAGGUGCUCCGGGCGCUGGACCUGCUGCCCCACGAAAAACUCCAGCACGAGUUUCUCAAAUACCUCUUGAUCUACUGCGAGGGCGGUCUCUACGCAGAUAUCGACACAGACAUCUUCAAGCCGGUCAGACACUGGUUCGAGCCCAGGGUGCUCGACACCCAGCUGCUGGUCGGUGUCCAGACAGAUCAUAACGCCGAAAACUGGGCCGAGCUCUACAACAGACGGCUCACGUUUGGCACGCACAUUUUCAUGGCGAAAAAACACCAUCCAUUCCUGGCAAAGCUGAUCGGCCGGAUCGUCGACUAUGUGCAGAAAAAUAAGGCUAAAAUAAAGGCGGCCAACUGGGAAGACCGACUGUCUGCUUUGGACGCCGCUUCUGAGCCCGUCGCCUCGUUCACCGGCCCAUCCAUGUUUACAGACGUUCUGUUUGAAUAUCUAAAUUCACAGGACUGGAAGCUUGUGUCCUCUGUCUUCAAGGAGGAACACGCGUACCUAUUCCCAAACGAGGCGUCUGCUACGAAAAAGGACAGCGUUGGCCGCAUCGAAAAGCACGACAUGCCGGUCCACGGGCCUGAGGUGCCGAAGAAGUCGAAAUUCUCGUACAAAACCUUCUCCAUGGCUGUGGGGCCUAUUCAAAUCAACUCGACCGUGAUCCUGCCCCCAAUCUCGUUCAACGGCCUGCUGGACCUCAACGAUGCUACCGGUGGUCUCCAAUACGACAACGAUAACUCCAUCUCCAGGGGCUAUGCCUCCCUGUACUAUGCGAGAAAGCUAAAUGAAAUAUAA